UGAUUCCUGGUAAUAUCCCCCCUUGUUGCUCCAAAAAAGAAUUAUACGCUUAAAGUUUCACACCCUUUUCUUUUACCUCGAAAAGAUUAUUAAUGUGGGUUAUCGCUAAAAGUGUUGUUAUGUUUAAUUUCGUCCAAUAUUUUAAUACCAUAAAAUAAAAUCAUAUUCGUGAAAGGCACAAUGCCGCUAGCUAAUUUGACACUUCCCUGGAAUCAAAAUGUAGUCUUGAUACCCAGUAAGCAAGAAUCCGUGAUGCUGCCAGCAGAAGCUGAAGAUGCGGAAAUGGUAACAGAAAAUCAUGAAGAAGCCAUAAUCACGCAAAACUCGAUUAGACCUCAAUCGAAUGGUUGUUCCGAAUCUCAUGAAAUUGAAUUGCAAGAAGUGGUGCGUGAUGGUCAUGAAAAGGCUGAUCCAGGACACUUUGAAUUACUGAAAGUUCUCGGUCAAGGAUCUUUUGGAAAGGUUUUCUUAGUGAGAAAAGUUGUUGGCAAAGAUGUUGGUACUCUCUAUGCCAUGAAAGUGCUGAAAAAAGCAACCCUUAAAGUUCGAGACAGAGUCAGAACAAAAAUGGAGCGAAAUAUUCUCGUCGAUGUAGAACAUCCCUUCAUUGUUCGAUUACACUACGCGUUUCAGACAGAAGGAAAACUCUACCUAAUUCUAGACUUUUUGCGAGGAGGGGAUCUUUUUUCACGAUUAUCCAAACAGUUAAUGUUCACCGAAGAAGACGUUAAAUUUUAUUUGGCUGAAUUAGCUUUGGCACUCGAUCACAUCCACAAACUUGGUAUUAUUUAUCGAGAUCUAAAACCUGAAAAUAUUUUGUUAGACACAGAAGGUCACAUAUCUUUAACCGAUUUUGGAUUGAGCAAACAGCCUUUAGAUGACACGAAAACCUACUCCUUUUGUGGAACUGUUGAGUACAUGGCCCCUGAAAUUGUUAAUCGGAAAGGACAUUCAUUCGCCGCCGAUUGGUGGAGCUACGGCGUUUUAAUGUUUGAGAUGCUUACUGGCUCACUUCCUUUCCAAGGAGAAAGUCGCAAACAGACUAUGACUCACAUCCUAAAAGCGAAAAUAGGAAUGCCGAACAACCUAUCACCGGAAGCGCAAGCUCUUUUGCGUGUCUUAUUUAAAAGAAAUCCUGUCAAUCGUCUCGGUCAUGGCGGAGGAGAUGAAAUAAAAAACCAUGCAUUCUUCUCCACAAUUGACUGGGAAGCUUUGUACCAUAAAGAGAUUAAACCCCCGUUCAAACCGGCUGCGAGUCGAGAGGAUGACGCUUUCUAUUUUGACAAUGAAUUUACAUGUAAGACUCCCAAAGAUUUAAUUACAGAUUCACCAGGAGUGCCAGCAAGUGCGAAUGCACACGAAUUGUUCCGUGGUUUUAGUUUCGUCGACCCGUGUCUUCUUGAGGAUAAUGCCACAUUUCCAACAAGAAGGAAUAAUGAAAGUAUAUCUAGCAAUUUCCCAACGUAUGUCAACCACACUCCUGCAAUUGAGGAGUACGAUUUUCUGCAAGAGAUCGGCAAAGGCAGCUUUAGUACGGUUUAUCACGCGGUUCAUAAAACUACCAAGUGCGAAUAUGCAAUUAAGGUUAUUGAUAAGAGCAAACGGGAUCCCACCGAGGAAAUUGAGAUUUUAUUAAGAUAUGGUGGACAUCCCCACAUAGUUUCUUUGCGAGGUUUGCACGAAGACGAGAAGCGUGUGUAUCUCGUCUUGGAGCUUCUUCGAGGCGGAGAGCUGCUCGAACGUUUAUUGCAAAGGCACAAUUUCACGGAGAGAGAAGCAGCAGAAGUUCUCUUUGUCGUUACUAGUAUUGUCAAGUACCUUCACGAGAACGGGGUCGUUCAUCGGGAUUUGAAGCCUUCGAACAUUUUGUACGCCAAAACAGGGGGUGAUCCUUCAACAUUGUGCAUUUGCGACCUCGGAUUUGCGAAGCAACUUCGAGCGGAAAAUGGUCUAUUGAUGACGCCUUGCUACACAGCCAAUUUUGUGGCACCGGAGGUGCUAAAGCGUCAAGGAUACGACGCAGCCUGUGAUAUUUGGUCCCUUGGAGUAUUGUUGUACAUAAUGUUGAGUGGCUAUACACCUUUUCCAAAUAGUCCGGGCGACAGUGCGAAUGACAUUCUAGAUCGCAUUGGAACUGGUCUGAUCGAUGUUGAGUCGGGAGUCUGGACCCAAGUUUCCAGUGAAGCUAAAGAACUCGUUAAAAGAAUGCUUCAUGUGGAUCCCACGAGGAGGCCAACAGCUUCCUGCAUCUUGAAAUAUCCAUGGAUCGCAAACAGACAACAUCUUCCUCCAAAAGUUUUACCCAGUGUCACGAAAGAUCGCGAUUUAUUGAAGACUGCGGUUGCAGCGACGUAUAGAGCGAUGUUAAAUAGUCCACGGCAGCCUCAUAUUGGGCCCGUCGGUCUUUCUGAACUCGCAAGGCGUAGAACACAAGCCAAACCUUCAACAGCCGUUAAAGUUUAGGUAUAAUUCUCGAUCUCGUGUGCCAGAUUAUUGAAGCAAAUGGGAAAGAUAGAAGAGCUGCAUGAGUUUUUAAUACUGACAAGAAUUCCAUUAGAAAUAGUCUUAGAAACAGAAGAAUGCAGUUAUCAUGGCCAUUGUUACAAUUAUUAUAAACCUUAUCAUGUACAAAGGAAUGAUUCACCAAAAUAGGAUGGUGAGGACAAUGUGAUAUUUAUUUUUAUUUUCCAUUUGUGCUUUAUUAAUGCAUAUGCCUGAGUACACGCACAAUUAUUGCCUAACAAACGCUUUUGGAACUAAAGGAAUUAAAGCGCGUUCUUCAAACAUGACGCAGAUUAUAGAUCUACUAUUUUUGUUACAUAGAACCAACGCGAGUCGAUAUUUCUGUGAAAAGUUUAAGUUUUUGUCGUCUUGAUUCGCAAUUCCUCACUUAGUGCGACGAUUUUUUUAUAGUUAAUUGAAUGUGAGUUUAUAUUCUCAGAACUGUUCCUUAUUGAAACUUGGUUUCUAUUAUUUUCUAAUGCUCCAAGCAAAGAUAAAAACAAAAACGGAUUAAUCUUUUAUACGAGGAUAAGAGUUAGGGUAAAAGAUAAUCACUACUGUAAAAUAUUUUAAGAAAUCUUCUAAAUAUCCUAUUCUAAAUGUGCGGAUACCUUCAAGUCAAUUUCCAAGAAUUUGUGUACAGUUUAUUUUAUAGUUAUGAAGGAAUUUAGAUCAGGAUUGAUAUUGAAACUGUUUUUAGAAAAUAAAAGAAAUUAGUUUGAGGCAUCAGGCUUGGAUUAAAAGUCAAAUCAAUUCCUAACUUUAGUAUAAUUACACACUAAUAAUUAUGCAUUGAUUAAUGUCUUGGGCCGGCUAAUUCAUGUCAAGGAAAAUUACUGACCUCAAGGUGAAAAAGGAAAUUAAAUGUGUUGUGCCAAUCACUGAAUUAAAAUAUUUAGAUUCUAAGACUUGCAUUUUUUUAUAUAAAUAUUUAUAGAACGUAACUGCAAUUAUGUAACGAGAUUAAGAGUUUAUUCUUUUUUAGAUAUUUUUCAAGGAGAAUUAAAACAUUCCAGUUUUAUAUUUCAAAAUUAGAUUACAAUUGCAGUUAUUUUCCUUCAUUGUUAUUGGUUGCACCUAAUAAAAGAUGUUCUUAUAACAUUUAAUAUUUUCACUAAAGUAUAAUGUCGAUAUACGGUUGUUGUUUAAAAUCGUUGUUAAAGAAUUGGUAAACAUGAAUUGUUCGAUUAUAUGAAGUAAUUUAUACUUACGUGUAAACUUUCUAUGUUAAAAAAUGUUAAUCUCAAGCUUGAAAUUCAAUGGAGUGAAUAAUUGUUGCUUCUGGGCGAUUGUAAUAUCAGUAAAUUAUUAUGUGUCAAAAAAAUGUUAUCAUAAAAGAUAUAGUACAAUUUUAUAUUUAUAAUAAGUAGGAAUAAUUAUGUAUAUUGUCGUCUAAAAAUGUUCAAGUUAUGUAUGUAGUUGUGUCUUAUAUUGUCUCUCUCGCACCGACGUAUAAAAAUAAUUUGCGAGAAAAUUAAUUUCGUACUCCAUAUAAAAUAUUGUUGAUCCUAAAAUGCCUUUUCUAAUGCAAGAAUGGACUUUCGUCUCAGGAAAGUUUAGAGCAUGAUG